GUCUUCUAAUACUCGCACAGACACAACUGCUUGCCGCCGGCCCACCUCAAAGCCGUUGCGGCCGCGUCUCCGACCCACGAGCACUCCGGCGGCGACUCCAACCAACCUCGUAUCCUCACGCAGCGGCACCGUCCCGGAAGAUGCCCCCGGUGCCUGCCGCGGCGUCAUCGAGCGUCCCCAGCGUGCCCCCGGAGAGAACCCCUACGGGGGGCACGGCGUCGCCGGGCAACUCUAUGGCGCCCCUGGAGAGCACCCCUACGGCUACGGAGGCCGCGGCGUCGCCGGGCAACUCUGUGGUGCCCCCGGAGAGCAACCCUACGGCGAGCCCCCCGCCCUCUGUCACCGAGCCAGAGCGGCUUUCUUUAUCCAUCCAAGAUGAAUCCACAACUCCCCUGCUUUCGGUGGACGUCCACGACCUGCACAAGCAUGCCAUCGAGUUCUUGGAGGAAUCGAAAGGAUACCCUGUCCUCGCGGAUCCUGCCGCCGGGUUCGCCAAGCUACUGGAGCUGUUCGCCGCGGCCGAGUCAAAGGCCAUGUAUGCGGGAGAUCUGAAGGCGGCCGCCUCCAUCUUGAGCAAAGCUGCCACCGAUGGCAAACUUCCGGUGAAUCUCGCGGGCACCACGAAGAGGCUGGCAUCUGAGGCGAUGAAACUCGCGUCCGAGGUGGAGACCAGGCGUAUUUUUUUCUCUUUGGCGAGGAUUCGCUCGUGCUGCUGCCUCUCGGCGUCCCAGAUAGCGCGCUGCUGGUCAUGGUGCUGCACUGAGGAGUUGCCCCUCCAUCGCAGAGACCUUGAUCGACAGGCCUUAUUUUUGACAAGCUCUCCGCGCUCUACUGCUUAUCGAUGCCAAGCGAAUUUUCUUGUGAUCAUCUCAGAGUUUUACUUUGUGCCUUUGCGUGUAGGCCUUAUUUGUUGACAAGCUCUCCGCGCUCUACUGCUUAUCGAUGCGGCUUCGCUUGGCCUCCUUCCAUACUUGCCUGCUACGAUUCCCAAGGACCAGUCUGUGCUCAUGGCGUAUAUCUAUUGGUCUGAUUUUCUCAUCGGCCUCCAUCGGGCUAGUCCUGAGCCUUCACCCGAUGAAGCGCUUUGACGUGGAGCUAGCACGUUUUGUUAGCAGGCUCAGUUUUGUGGGUCUGUCAGUGCUCGUUCUCAUAUUACGCAUUGUCGCCGGGUAACUACGCUAUGCUUGGAAUUUGUUCAGGGAUACUCGCUGCUGGCCAUGGAUAUGCAUGGAUUAGGAGCUGUUGCAGCAGAGAAGAGGACCCUUCAGACGCGCCAGAGGAAGUUUCAUCUGAUCACCGCAGUGAAUGAGGCCGCGGGAUCGACACUCCUUUCUUCCUACCUGCAGCUGAAAGAUUGGUGUUCGUCACAUUGUAAAUUUGAGCAAUUCUCUAGCACUUCUGUUUUGACUCCUGUGUUGUGCUGGAUCACAAGUUAUGAAUCUGUAGAUGCAUGAUGUCCAACUUGGAACCACAAGAGGACCCUUCAGACGCACCAGAGGAAGUUCCAUCUGAUCACCGCAGUGAAUGAGGCCGCGGGAUCGACACUCCUUUCCUCCUACCUGCAGCUGAAAGAUUGGUGUUCGUCAGAUUGUAAAUUUGAGCAAUUCUCUAGCACUUCUGUUUUGACUCCUGUGUUGUGCUGGAUCACAAGUUAUGAAUCUGUAGAUGCAUGAUGUCCAACUUGGAACCACAAGAAUUUGUUUCCUUUUGGAUGAUUACAGAAUGCAAACUGUUAGUACAA